AAUACAAAUUAAGAAAAACGUGCUUUUUAGCGUAAACAUGUCAAUCACGUCUCUCACCUAAUAUUUCGUAGAGUACAUAUUAUUUUAUUAUUUAUUUAUGAAAACAUCGAAGGAGAUUAAUAUCAUGUGACAAGAAACGUAGAUCUUAUUGUGUGCGAAUUCGUCUUGGAAGUGUUAAAAGAGAAUACCUAUUAUACAUAGUUGUUGACAAAUUACCAAGUACUUCAGCAAUUGUUAUUUUCAACAUGGGUAAAAAUAAAAAAAAAGGUUCUCGCGUAGAAAAAGCUGCUAUUAAAAAAGAAAAAAAGAUCGCACAGCGUAUAAAAAAAGACAUUGCGAAAAUUGGAGAACCUGAAGUGUCUGCAAUUAUAGCUCAUAUCGAAGCUAAAAAUAAAGCAAAAAACAAAGUUACAGAAACCAAAAUCGAUCCUCCGUCUCGUCGUUCUAAUUUUACAUUUGUCACACAUCCCGACAAAGAUGAAAUAAUUCUUUUUGGCGGAGAAUUUCACAAUGGGAAAAAUACGGUAAUGUAUAACGAUUUAAUUGUCUACAACAUCAGUCAUAAUACUUGGACGUUAGUAGACGCUCCAGGAGCACCGCCGUCUAGAUCAUCUCACGCUUGUGUUACUGUUGCGGCAGACAAUGGACAGCUAUGGAUGUUUGGCGGCGAGUUUGCCAGUCCGUCCGAAUAUCAAUUUUUUCAUUAUAACGACUUAUGGGUUUUUGGCCUGAAAAACCGUACUUGGACCAAAAUAACUGCUGAAGGAGGACCUUGUGCUCGCAGCGGACAUAGAAUGAUCCUCAGUAAACGUCAUUUAAUUGUGUUUGGCGGUUUUCAGGACAACACUCGCACUUAUCAGUAUUUUAAUGAUAUAUACGCUUUUAGUCUGGCGGAUUACAAAUGGAAAACUAUUAAAACUACUGGACAAGGACCAUCGCCCAGGUCCGGUUGUCAAAUGUUUGCAAUGGAUGAUGGCCGAAUUUUAGUGUACGGCGGUUAUUACAAGGAGAAAAUAAAAAAGGAAGAUAAAGGAACAAUUUUGAUCGAUAUGUUUAUACUGACACCCGAAAAAGGCGAUAUGGAUUAUUCAAAAUGUCGUUGGUCAAAAGUGAAACAAGGUGGUGUCCUACCAACUGCUCGCUGUAGUUUAUCCGGAACUGCUGUCACUGGACACAAUAAAGGUUAUUUGUUUGGCGGGGUCUACGACGAAGAAGAAGAGGAUGAUGAUUUGAAGAGUACAUUCUUUGACGAUUUGUACAUGUUAGACAUGGAACAGACCGUGCCUACGUGGAGAUCGAUUAAAAUUAAACAAGACAUGGAAAAAUCUCAAGUGGAUUUCAGUUCCCCAUCGCCAAGAUCGCAUAGUGGCUUGGCUUUCAAACAUAAUACUCUGUUCGUUUACGGUGGAAUAGUUGAAAAGGGUUCGAAAACCUUAACACUCAGCGAUUUUUAUUCAUUAGACACCAAAAAGUUGAAUAAUUGGAAUAUUCUACGCAGUGAUGAUUUAUUAAAAACGGUGACUUCGGAUACCAGUUCAGACGAUGAUAUGUCCACCGACGAAUCUAGUUCAGAAUCUUCAGAAUCCGACGAGUCUUCAGAAGACGAGUCAGACGGACAAAUGGAUACAGACUGAUAAUUAUUAUUGUUAAAUUAGGUUACCUAUUUUAUUGUUAAUAAUAUUGAUAAUUGAUUAAAUGACAACUUGUUAGAAUUUAUAUGAAGAUUAUGACCUGUUACAAAUCAUAGCUAUUGUGGAUAAUUCGGAUUGAGUAGUCAAUCAAACGAGAGUCACACAUGUCACAGUUCUCGAUAUAAUAAAUAUAAAAUUUAAUUUAUUUGAUUUA